AUGGUGGCCUGGAGGGUCCUGGCGUUCACACUCGGGAGUCCACGGCCCACCACCCAGCCGCCCCCUGACAGAGCAGCCUGCCGACGGCGCUGCGUCCCCCUCUGCUCGGCUGUGCGGGAAGAAGGCAGUGGCCCUGGGCCCGACUUACAGGGCGGGCCGGAGGAAGCGGCCAGGUACCUGGCGAGCCAAGAGUUAACGGCGGCAGAGUGGAGGAUGGAGGAGCUACACGCGGCCGCCUGCGCGGCUGGCCAGGUAAACUAUGUGGACCCAGCUACUGGCUACAUGGUGUUAAUCCAGCUGGCCCACUUGCAGAGAGGCCAGUGCUGCGGCUCAGCCUGUAGACACUGUCCAUAUGGUCAAAUCGAUGUUAAAGACCCAUCCAAAAAGAAGCAGUUCAAUUCAUAUUUUUAUGUGUGA